AUGUCCGUUUUCCUUAACGAAGAAGAUAUUCCCGGGUCAUCUUUAGCUGGAAGAAAUCCAGCACAGCUGAAAAAUGAAGAAUUACGGUUUUGGCUUAAAUGUAGAAACGAUCCAGCAAAAGGACUUCGCACAAAAGCUCAACUCGUAAAGCGGUAUGAAACCACCAUCAUCAUUUUCGAUUGUUGAAUUGUCGCUUUUUCACUCUAAAUUAAAGCUUAUCUUUUUAUAUUAUAUGUUUCUUACAUUUUUAGAGUUGAAGAAUACAUUAAUCAGGGUAAGGAUGGUUUUCUUGUCGACCCAGACCCGGAUUUAAUUUACACGAAACGAAAACUCGCAAAGCAAAAUGAAUCGGCUGCAACAAACACCGCCACAAACACUACCACAAGCUCUGUUAUCACGUUUUCGACUGCUAAUAAUUUUAGUUUUCCUCAGCAUGGCUGGGGAAUUAAUUUAGAAAAAAUGCCACUUUUUACGAAAGCUGAGAUGGAUCGUUUCAUCUCUAACAGCGGAAAGCGCUUGGGAAGCACUAAUCAUUCCGUCCCGACAAGCUGGAGAAAGGGAAAGACAUUUUUGGAAGACGAAUACCUUAAAAACAUUGAAUGUACCAGUGACGAUAAACAUUUCUAUUUUCGCUGCAAGUGUCACCAUUCCUUCAGAAAAAACGAUGCCCCACAUAACAUUCAGCUGGCAUUGUGUAUUAUAAAAGGUGAAGUUGUUCAGUCAACAUGUUCUUGCGUGGCGGGGAAAACAGGUUAUUGUAACCAUGCUUUAGCCCUGAUGCUUAAAAUGUGCAAAUAUUCUCUGUACGAAAGCAAAAGCACGCUCGACUUGCAUGAUGACGCGGACCAAAAUAGUAAAGAAGCUUGCACUUCAAAACUACAAACAUGGCACCGAAAAGGGAGGGGAGAUACUAUUGUGCCCCAACCAGUUAUGGAUCUGGUUGUGAAAAAAACAAAGCUGGCGAACAAUAAUGAAACCCAAAAAGAGGGAUUAAAGUGUCUUCUCUAUGAAGCGAGAACAAAUGACAGAGUACAGGAAGCAGAAGAAACAAAAUUCAAAGAUACAUUAAGAAGUAUCAAUCCAAAAAUGGGGCUAGCGAACGUAGCAGCCAAUCACAAUGUGUUAACCGAAACUAAAUUUGGUAAUAGCCCAGUUGGUUCCUAUGCAAGUUAUCAGUUAUCAUUUACGGAAUCAAAUUUUGAUGUCUCUAUUAACAUAGACGCUGUUCCCCGUAACAUGCCUCGUAAUCAACAAAUAGAGCAAUUUCCUUCCUUCCCCUUACGAAAGCAAGGGGAAGGUGAGCGACGUGAACUUCCUGAUGAGGAAAAUGAAUUUGUAAAGAAGUUUAACCUCGAUGAGGAUGAAAUCAACGCAUUAGAGGCUGCGACGAGAGACCAAGCGAAUAGCGAGUUGUGGAGGUCAGAACGUAAAUACAGAUUUACAGCGUCGAAUUUUCACUUGAUUUCUCACAGACAAAGAAAUCACGAGACUUUCGCUAACACGCUUAUGAACCCAAAACCCUUUACAUCAAGACAUACGAGACAUGGAAUUAAAUACGAGCCCGAAGCAGUUCAUGCCUAUAUGAAGUAUAUGAAUGAGAGAUCAAUCCCGGUUGAGGUUUUCAAAAGCGGUCUGGUUGUGUACAAAAAGGAACCAGUACUGGCUUGCUCACCUGACGGAAAAGUUUUUGAUGCAGGUUGCAGCAAGCCAUUUGGCUUACUAGAAGUUAAAUGUCCAGAAACGAAGUUUCUAGUAACUCCUUUGGAUGCUUGUUCAGAUGCCAGUUUUUGUUGUGAGAACAUUGAUGGGAAUUGUAAAUUGAAAGUAACACAUCCCUAUUAUGCACAAAUCCAAGGGCAAAUGGGGAUAACUGGUGCUGAAUGGUGCGAUUUUGUGAUUUUUACCAAAAAGGGAAUAUCAAUCGAGAGAGUCCUCUUUGACCCGCUGUACUGGCAAGAGCUUGAGAGAAAACUCCUUUACUAUUAUUAUGAACAUUUCAUUAAGUUUGCCAUAGUUGAGGCCUUAUAG